AUGCAAGAAAAAAUUCAACAAGACAACAGCAAUAAAGAUUACAACGAAAAUGCCAACGAUGAUUUCAAUUACAGUCAUUCACUAUUGCGGACAUUAGAAAAUCAAAAAAAUAUCAAAGAAGCAAAAAAACAGCAUCAUACUAGAACAAGAAGUGAUAAUGUACAUGAGGACAAGGUAGCUUUACAAGUAAUUGGUAAAAACAUAAAUAAAGAAAGUUUGAAACGUUAUCACGGACACAAAUAUAGUCCAGAAAAUGUUAGUAAGGUCAGAAUCACUAAGCGUGCACGAGGAGACUCCGUCAAACCUGAAGAUGUAAUGACUUGUCAACAACUUGAAGACAAAUGUAUCAUUACCUGUGCUAAGAAGCUUGAAUGGUGCACCGAGUGGAAAAAAACGGCUAUAAGUUUCUGA